AUGGAUCAGAAUGGCCGCCCGCAGGUUCAGGUUGUCAUCAACCCUCAUUCACAACCCUCCAAUAUGGCUUUCCUUCCCCAACCUCGCCCACUCUCCGUCGAUGAGGCCUUACAGUAUUCCUCCAUGUCCAGCGCGCCGGUCUUUGGUCUCGACUGCAUAAUCCGCCCCGAUGUCGGUCGACCCUCGACAACCACCUCCAUAAACCACGUGCUUCAAGCCGGCCGCAAUACGUUGAAAGAGCUGGAUCUAGAAAUACAGUCGGGUCAGGAUGAGUCAAGUCGCUUGGAAACCUCGCGUGAAUAUCUCCAGCAAUUGUUGGAUGGGGACCAGUUGACCGAAUUUUCAAGCUUCCUCCUGCCCUCACUCGCCAUCAACCCCUCGGUUCCAGUGCCCCCCCAUGGCCCUUCUCCGGGACGCAGUCAGUUAGGCGCGUUCGCCAAGAUGAUGCUAGACUCGACCGAUAUAGCCUACAGAUGUGAGACCAAACCCGGCCAGAACUUGCUACGAAAUUUAUCUUCGCCAAAAGUCAAAGCCGAAAUCCAGAAACCCGUUCCAAGAGAGACUCCGACUUCAAAUCAUCUGCAGCCAGUGACUCCGAACAAUUCGAAACCGCCAUCCUCGACGCCAAACCUCUCUUCGAGUGGAAUCUCCGUGGUGAUUCCGGUCAAGCCUUCCCCUCAGAAAUCUGCCCAGAAGUCCAGUGUGAAACAGAAGUGGGAUCGUGGCGAGGUCGAAAUGUCAGGCGUUCGACUGAGAGAUCAAAAGGCUGAGGCGGACGACGCCGUUCUCAAACUCCAGGAUCUACUUCUGGAAGUAUUCGAGGCGGAGGAUCAAAUCGAUCCGGAGAUGACCGUUGCUCUGACAUCUGACAAACCGAAUCCGAUUUUCGUGAACACGGGGUCACUCGAAGUGCAUGGUCUGGUCUUAUCUUCCGAUUCUCAUAGCCGUCUCCAGAAAGCCAUUCGGAAAGUGGUUAGUUUCGAUCGAUUACCAGACGUUCCAUCCGACUAUCUCAAUCGGGUCCAGAAAAUGUGUGAGAAGUCUAUCAUCGCGUCACAAGCCCCGGACUUGAGCUUAAACGACCCAUCCAAUGAAUCCGAAGCACGGGAGUGGCUCUCCAAGGUGGAGGAUAUGCUGAAUGCCAUGUUCGCAAUUGGCACUCUCCUGCAGACAAUGUCUGGACGACAGACGGAGCGUGACCUCUGUCCCGAGGACCUCAUCGAAGCUAUUCCCAAUGUGUUGAACCAGGCAUUCGAUCACUGUAUCAUUCUCGCCGUGGAGGCACGAGCUAAUGGCAAGGACGCGGAGCGUUUUGGUUUUUUCUCAGCACAGAAACGCGUCAUCGGAAAUCUGAUAAACCAAAGCAGGAAGGUUCUUACUCUUUUCGCGGACUUCUUGUCUCGAAUCGAAGUCUCGGAAGGCACAAUCACGGCUGUCGAGUUCUUUGCUGCCAAACUCAUCUUCGUCGAGAAUGCACACAACGAUAAGGACUCAGCCAUCGGGCCUCAAAAGUAUGAAUCUGCAAGGCGUGGAGCGAUGGAUGUGCUUGCAAAGAUCUUUUCCCGAUACCCGGAUCAGCGCCCGUUUAUCUUGGAUGAAAUUCUCGUCUCACUUGAAAAACUUCCGUCGACGCGCCAAAGUGCUAGACAGUUCAAGCUUGCGGACGGCAAAAACAUCCAACUUUUAACUGCAUUGGUUCUUCAGCUCGUCCAGACCACUGCCUUGGAAGUUCCACGGGUAUCAAAGGCCAGGCGGCGACUUCAAGCUCCAGGCAAUGACGAUGAUGACGAAUCCAUGGGUGAUGGCAAUGGGACCAAAAGUGAAGAGUCGGAUGACGAUGAUGGCCCCGGCGAGUCUUUAGAACGCUUGGCUGCCAAAGUCAACCGACUCUACGAUAAUGCUUCGCGCAGUGCGCAAUACAUUAUAAAGUUCAUUGUUCAACGCGCUAUGACCUCAACGAAGAGUGGCGAUCAACCAUACCGCAACAUUCUUGAUCUUUUCACCGAGGACUUGAUCAACGUUCUUGGGUCAACUGACUGGCCGGCCGCUGAGCUACUUCUUCGCAUCAUGGCAUCGCACAUGGUUGGUAUCGCAGAUCUUGAUAAAAGUCCAGCCACGGCCAAAAGCAUGGCUCUCGAACUUCUGGGGUGGAUGGGUUCCGCAAUUUCCGAUCUCAUAGCCACCGCUCAACAUAUGCUUCCUGCCUUGGACGAUUCCGAGAACGAGAUUACCGAUUACCUCAAGCAGCAGUUUGAGGACUUUACCUCUCGUGCCCUUCACCCACAAGAUCUUGUUGCUCCAAGCGGGUCCUAUAGGAUGGCUCUUGAAUAUCUUGCUCAAACUAGAAAUUCUGACAAUUCCCAACUGACGAGUGCACGGGGCUUCUACCUGGCCCAGUGGGCCAAAACUGUUUGCACGCUCUAUUACAAUGCCGAGGACAAUGAGGAAUUGGCAUACGACGACACGACUGAUGAACUGGUAUCCCUCCUAUCUAAAUCAUUCUCCGAUUCACGCUGGAUGGAAACCCACAAACAAUUUGAUUUCAUUUCAAAUGUCCAAGGCAGAUUUGCCUACAUUCUCACCGUCUUGACCUCGAGCUUUGGCAAGGCAUUUGACACAAUCUUGAAAGUGCUGCUGAAUUCAAUCGCCAGCGACCAGGCUAAGGUUCGGAGCCGAAGUUUGAAGAGUGUUAUAUACAUGCUUGAAAAGGAUCCAAAUCUACUUGAUCGGGAUACUUCAGUCAUGCGAGUCAUUCUUCGCUGCACGACAGAUGCUUCGCCUAUGGUACGCGAUUCUGCGUUGUCUUUGAUUGCCAAAUGUAUUGGGUUAAAGCCAAAGCUGGAAGAAGAGGGGUGCCGAAGCAUCCUCGCAUGCGCCACAGACCAAACGGCCGGUGUGCGGAAACGAUGCAUUGGCCUUCUGAAGGAACGUUACCACAAAACUACUCGCCACGAGUUGAAAUUAGCUAUCCUUGACAGUUUUCUCCAACGUACCGGUGAUCAUGAAGACAGCGUGGCGACCUUGGCACGUCAAACAUUCGAAGAGAUUUGGCUGGUUCCAUUUCACGAAUCGAUUGACUCUACCUCCGAUGGGCCGAAACUGAAGAUGGCUCUCGGAGAGCAGGUUGGGUUAAUUGUCAGCCUUGUUCAGCGCAGUGAUUCUGCUCUGGACUCCCUCAGCACCUGUUUGCGAGCUGUGCUCUCCGAUAAAUCCAAGUCGGCCGCCUCAAAUUUCAAGGUUUGCAAAUCCAUGGUCGCAAUCAUGUUUCAGCGGCUCGUUGAAGAUGCAGAUGCCUCGGGCAAGGAGUUCCAACAGGCUCUCCUCCAGACAAUCACUGUCUUUGCAAAGGCCAAUGCGAAGCUGUUCAGCCCCGACCAGUUGGAGGCAUUACAUCCCUACAUUGGCCACCUUGCGACGGCCGACGAUCUUUUCAUCUUCCGAUCGGUCGUAGUCAUAUAUCGCUGCGUUUUGCCACACCUAUCAUCAGCCCAUAACACUCUUCUCAAGGAAGUCCAGAACGAUCUUUUCAAGAGUGUGGCCAAACUUGCCCGCGCCGAGCUGAACGAAGUCAUGGCGUGUCUCUGGACUAUCAAUAGCGUCCUGCAAAACACUGAUCGUCUGGUCAAGCUAACGGUGUCGGUUCUCAAGCCUUUGCAAGAGUACAAGGGAAUAAAGGACUUGUCAACUGAGCAGAAUGCGGGAAUCUUGGCUCGAGCCAAGAGCUAUAUUCGAAUUGCGGGCUGCGUGGGGCGACACUGUGAUCUUGAAGAAUACUUUAAUCACUUCAAGAAAUCUUUCCCGACUUCCACUGGACGUACUGUGGCUGACAUCAUGGUCGACUUUAUUCUCCCCUUUACGCUUUUCUACCAGCCUUUCGAGCUGCGAGUCAUGAGUCUAGAGAGCUUGGGUUCUAUUUGCCAAUCUUGGCCCGGUCAGUUUGGCCGAGAGCCAAGUCGAAAGACCUUUGCUCAGGUCUUUAAGGAGGACGCUCCUGGCCUACACAACAUUGUGCUCCGCUCGUUUGCGGAUUUCUUCGCCAUUCACGAAGGCAGGUCCGAGAAGUCGGUUAUGCCAGCUGCCGAGACCGCUGCGAAAGACGACUCUACACGAUUGGGCGGAUCUCUAAAAGCUAGCGACAAUGACGGGGCUGCUGCAUUGAUCGCCCAGCACUUCUUGAAAGACAUGCUCAAAGUGGCGCAAUCACGACAGGAUACCUACGCUCUCACUGCUAUUGAACUCAUUGCCAGCAUCAAUCGACAGGGACUUGUGCAUCCAAAGGAAUGCGCAGGGGUGCUUGUCUCGUUGGAGACCUCAACUGUACCAGCUAUCGCCAAGGUAGCAUUUGAUACUCACAAAAUGCUGCACUCGCAGUACGAAUCGAUGUUCGAACGAGAAUACAUGCGAGCUAUCCAAGAAGCCUUCUACUACCAGCGCGAUAUCGUUGGCGACUCCAAUGGUGCAACGCCCCGACCCUAUGUGGCCAAGCUGGCCCCGUUGUUUGACAUCGUCAAAAUCAGCAAUAGCAAGUACCAGAAGAAAUUUCUCUCGAACUUGUGUUCCAAGGUCGACUUUGAGUUGAAGAAACUCGACACUAGUGGAGACCCACCAGAGCAUCUCUUACUCUCUCGCUUUAUCUCCCAAAACCUAGCAUACUUCGAUUACGCUCAAUUAGCCGAACUGGUUCCUACCAUCGCAGCCAUGGAGCGCAUUGUUUCGUCUACCGGGACCGUCGUCGCUCAUGCCAUCGAAACGGAUAUUUUCCCUAGUCCCAUCGGGCCCCCAAUGGUCGAGACUCCAGCUGGCAUGGUGGGUCUGGCUACGGAAACGCCAAUGCCGACGGCUAUGCCUCAGCAGGUUGAUCCUGCCACGCUAAGGGUACUAGCCACUGCUGCUGCCUCCCUGAUGAUGCUUUGGGAAGCACGCACCUAUCUGCGGCGCCUUUAUAAUGUCAGUUCUCACACGAAAGACAAGGAAGGCAAGCCUGCCGCAAAGGAACUCAACAAGGCCGCGAACAAGGUCCAUGGAAUCCCUGGUGAGAGAUUCUGGGAAGCCAUUGCCCGAAACAUGACCACGCUGGACAGUCAAGAAGCCAUGCUGGCCAAAUGCCGUGAAUUUUCAACCCUGCUCGCCAUUGAUGAGGAGUUCAAGGUGGACCGUGGCGAUGAUGCCGACGGUGACCUGGACGCCAUCGGUGAAGUCGACGACAUGCUGGCUACUCCUGGUGGGGCCCGACCUCCGAAGCGCAAGAGCUCUGUCUCCAGUACGGGAUUCAAUAAGCGACCCAAAAGUCGUAAGGACUCUGUUGGCAGGAAGAGGUCCAGUCCUGAGCCUGAUGAGCCUUGGGAUUGA